GAAAGGAAUAAAGUCCAAUUCACUUUCAUCCUCUGCCGAGAUAUAAUACUCCUUGUUAAAAAAACGUGUCCCGUCAUUUUCUGUCGACCAACAAUGGCCCGUUUCUUGGCCGGCGUUAUCGAUUGAACUCUUUUUCCCAGCCAUCUUCUUUUUUGUUUCACUCUCUAUCACGUGGACUAUUCUUAAUUUGAAUUCUACUACUUUAUAAAGUAAAAAAACAAUGGAGAACCAACAUCAUUUAGAUGCCGGAAGUGUCAUAGUCCUACCCAAUCAAAUUCUGGAAGAGGAUUCAAAUCGUCAUCAGCCUCAGCGUAUUUCUCGUUUCAGUAUCCAACGACUGGACACAUGUGAUAUGAUGAUGGUCAAUAUGCCAAGACGUAGGGCAUCAGUGAAUCACGGCCAGCAGUCAAACGCCAGCCGUUCUGAAUUUACCGCUUCUUCCUACGUUACCGUUGAUGACAUCAAUCUUUCGCAACCUGUCCGUCCGUCAGCCAAUGGAGGCAUUGGAAGCAUCCGCGAACAUUCUAAAGGGAUUGGCUUUAUUGCCGGCUGUUCUCGAUCAGAAUCGCUACGGAAGUGCAUUAAAAGCCCAUCUCCGUGAUAGUGUCCGAACGAACAGACCACUUACGACAUCAUUUGAGUCGUGAGACUCUACCAUCUUUGGACAACUAUCAAG